ACUGUGGCUUCCACUAAACAUGGCGGAACGACAGAGAGCACGGUUAGUGGAGUUAACCCUUCAAGAUGGAAACCAAGACUGUGCCGAUUGUGGAGACAAAAGUAAGUAGGAACCAUAUUUACAAUUGUUCUUAAAUUAAGUAAAGCUACUAGCCUAAAAUAAAAUAUAUUGAGACAAAGAUGUUUUUUUUUUUACUUUUACCGUUUUGCUCGAUUCCUGAUCAGGAGGAUGAUUUAAAUUUACAAUAUACCCAAUGACAAUGCCUAUGCCUAUAUUUAAGUUAAAAUUUCCGUGUAAUUGUCUUACUUGUUCUUUUAACAUACUUAACACUUUGCUUGAUAAUAAUUUAAUCACUUCCCUGUCAACACCGCCUACUAUUUCGGGAGAUAAAGGGAAAUUCGUUUAAUUAAUGAUAGUUACUUCAGCUGUGAACUUGUAAACUUUAUUACUUCACUUUUGCUUUUAUUUACCCAAUUAUUGGCUUUUAUGCCUGCCUCAGGGUGCCUCAUUAAUGAAAAUGAAUGAGAAUGAUUGAUCAUUUGAUGGAAAUUUCCACUUUAACUUUCCACUUCAUAAGUUAAGCCUCAACAUUUCUAUAUUGACUGCUCCAUGUAAUCUUUCUGUUGAGUGUUGAGCCAAGCUACUCAACAUUUCUUUAUUAAUAUUUAUUGACUACUCCAUGACAUAGUCAUUGAAUUGAUAUGUGAUCCUUCUUUGCUAUGAUGAGUGCCCCUAUGACUAUGAUGAGUAUGACUCAUAUUGGCAUUGUAAAUAUAAUGUAUUGCUGAGGCCUAGACCUUCAUGUUAGCCUGUCUUUAAAAAAAAAAUGUUAAGAUUGACUCACAUUGACAGAAAAGUUUAAAAGUACACUCACUUAAGUCUUAAGUACUUAUUUGUAGUACACUGGCACCGGCCCACUUAUCUUAAAAAUUAGACAAGUCUAACAUGGACUAAAGUGUCUAAAGUAAAGAGUAAAGUGAGGACCACUGACUUUGUAAGUGAGCUGGAAUAGGCCACUAUAAGUUAUUUUAUACUAUAAUUAUAGUGUAGACCAGGGGUCGGGAACCUAUUGCUCGCGAGCCAGAUGUGGCUCUAUUGAUGGCUGCAUCUGGCUCACAGGCAAAUGUUUGAUUAUUUAAAAAAAAGUCGCAUUAAUGGUAAUACAUACACAUUAUUGAUAGUAACAGAAUAGUAAUGUUAUUAAAAAUAAUUCAGAGACAUAAUUAUUGCAUUUUUAGUGUUGAAAUUACACAAAAUGCACACAUUUACUUGAAUUUUUAGUUUUAAACAUAAUGUAUGGCUCUCACGGAAUUACUUUUCAAAAUAUGUGGUGUCCAUGGCUCUCUCAGACAAAAAGGUUCCCGACCCCUGGUGUAGACCUAAGUAACAAGCUAAUUAUUACAACUAGCCUAUAAAGGCGGUUAUUAUAUUAUCAUUAUGGGGUAAAUAAUUUUAUGAGAUCCGUUAAGUUUUAAAUUUUAUAUACCUUUACACUAUUUAAACUUACUACUAGUAAUAGCUUAGUUCUCCAGGAUUUUGGACAUUGACUCUGCAUUAGUCUUCUCUGGAAGUGCAGGCAUUACAUGUUAUAUUAUCCGUGCUGCAUGUUAGGUUUACAUUUUAAACUAUCUUCAGUACAAGGAAUCCUAUCCUUUCUUUAAGGGUGACCUUCAUCCCCCAGGCCCAGAGUGGGUUUAUACUUUAAACUAUCUUCACUCCUAACUAUACCCACUCAAUAAUAAAUUCAGGCACCUGCUGUGUUAGGCCUUGACAACAUAUCAACUGGCCCUUUUGUUUGUGUAAUGUAAAGGGUGAGUGGAUUACUCAGGUGCUCUUUUUUGUUUUAGUAUUAGUUAAGUGCUCUACACUACAAUACUCACUACAUUAUAAGACAUUACUCUACUUUACCCUUGAUUUAAGUUAACAUAAACAAAAUAGUUUGCCAAAGAACUAGCUCCUUUAGUUGGUUGUUUGCUCUGAAUUAUUAUAAAUAAGUUAAAGUGAAUAAACCUAAUCUCUAGAUGAGUGCCUGUGGAAAGGUUCAUCAUUUCUAGUGUUUUAAUCAUUUAUCUAAAACAUUUCCCCACUUGUUAGCUUUACUUUAAGGGAAUUAUAAUAAGUGAAACCUGAAAUAUAAAUAUAUUUAAAAAGAUAAUAUAUUAAAACCUAAUUACCGGCACACCCGGAAGUGAUAAUAACAUUUUAAACAAUUUGUUAUGAUAAUUUGUGUGAAUGCACUUGAGCCAUGAUUAUGUUAUCAGUUCCCAGGGCUUAAAGAAUGAUAUCACAAGCUAGGGACUAUUUAAAAACACCACCUAUUAAUAAUUUAGCAAAAAAACUUGAUAGCAGAAAAAGAAACCAAAACACCUUUUGAUUUUGUUAUAGUACUGAUAGUAUAGUCGUCAAUAAUUCAAUAUGUCAACAGGGAAAUAUUGUUUUAAUAAUUGAACUGUAAUGCAUAUAAUAAUAAUAUUUAAGAAUAGUGGAAACUACACAUAAAUACAGUUGGCAAUGUUUAGGAUCACAUGUAUAUAUGUAUUUCAAUUAAAUUAUAAAUUUAAUACACACUUUGAUACUUUUAUACAAUAAAAGUAUUGAGGCGCUCUUUAGAUAAGUCAGUUUGAACACAGUGCUUAUGCUUUUUUUAUUUUUAAAAAGUCUUUAGGUUUUUUCUUUAAUUUUGGACACACCCUCAAAAAGGUUGUGGUGCUUCCUACCAUUAAUUGAGAUCAUGGGUCUACUUUGACACACAUCAUUGCCGAGUGUUUAACUUGAGCCUGUUCAUGGACAUGAUGAGCUUUACUGAUAUACACAACAUUACUGAGUUUUAACUUGAACUAUUGACAUGGCAUUUACUGAGAUUUACCCAUUGCUGAGUGUUUAAGUUGACCCCAAGACAUCAGAGAAUUCUGUGAUAUGAGUAUAGAAAAAUAAAUGAAUCUGUUAUCACAAUUUCAUAAAAAAAAUGCAAAGCUAGAGGGGAAAAAAUGUCUUAUUUCUAUUAAUAAUCCCCAUCCUAUUUUUACUGUUUGAGGCCCCCAGUUUUUGAAAAGAAGCCUUUAUGUAUAUAAAUGCUCUAAAAAUAUCAUGUUGCGGGACAACAUUGUAAUUUAAUGCUGCACUUUGGACGCUCAGUUUUCAGGUUUUCUCUAAUCCAUACUGAAGUGACUAAUAUUUGUGAGCACAGGUGAACGUGAUUAUUAUAAUUGACAGUUAUAAAUACAGUUGGCAAUGUAUAAGAUCUCACAUAUAUAUGUUAUUGCACCUAUGUAUUUCAAUUAAAUUAUAAAUUUAUACACACUUUGAUACUUUUAUACAAUAAAUGCUUUUGUUCUCUCUCCCCCCCCCCCCCCCCCCUCGUAAUCUUUAUAUUAUUACCAUGUUAUACUUGUUUGUAGGAUUUGAAUUGAUAGAAGUUGUGAUAAAUGUGAAGUUAGACAACAAAUUUACAAUAAAAAAAUAUGAUAACAAAAAAACAACACAUUUUUUUCAUUUCUUCAGAGAAAUGAAUGUAAAAAUGCAUUUAUUAGCAGUUAUAAAUUAGUUACAUUUCUGAAAGCACAAAUUAAUCACUUUGCAUAUGAAAUACUUUCUCAAAUUUUGAUUUAGCUCAGAAAUGGUCAUUUUAUUUUACAUACUUUGUUUACAGUAUUUAUAUGCAUCAACAGAUGAGGCGCUGUGUUUAUAAAUAUAAAGUAUAUUUAAAAAUCUAUUCUGAUGAUUAUGUAAUGCUGUACUUACCAUUUCUCAGAUCCUGACUGGGCAUCAUGCACUAUUGGUGUGUUCCUGUGCCAGACAUGUGCUGGCAUCCACAGAGGUUUGGGAUCAUCAAACAGUCGAAUCAAGUCAAUCCAUCUAGACAACUGGGACAAAGACCAAGUACAAGUAAGCGCAUCCAGCUAUCCAAGCUACACAUCUAGAUUCUAAAUGUGUGCAUUCUAACUCAUCAAAAGAGCUCUCCUAAAAAAGAAUUCAUUUUAAAAUAAGUUUUUGUAAUCAAUCAAAUUGAUUAUAUAGCUUAGUUGAUUUAUACCAAGCAUAUACAAUAGUGGCCUCUUAGUAAACAAGAACUCCGGUACAUAUUUGUUGUCUUCUAUCCUUCAGGUUAUGGAGAUGAUAGGGAAUAUAAAAGCCAAAGACAAAUAUGAGAUGUGUGUUCCACCUUACUACAAGAGACCAACUAGUCAGACCGUUGAGUAAGUCCAUUUUAAAAUUAAAAAAUUAGUUUGUAUUUAGCUUAACCAUGUAUUUAUUCAAACUCUCUCCCGUCUAGCCUAAUUUCAAUGUUAUCAUUUCAUCUGCCUUAGGCAAGGUAUGUAACUUCUUUUGGACACAUGCCUUUGUGUUAAAAAAAGAAAUAAAAUAUACAAAAAUAAAAUAUUAUUGUUUUGAGAGAAAUUAAAUGAUAAAUAAUAAGAUAAAAAUUAUAAUUAUAUGGACAGUUGAACUUUGAUGCAUUAAAUUAUAAUUACUGCUAACAUCUUUGGCAUCAUCUACCAAUGUAGUAGUACCAAUUUCAUAUCUCAUUCAGUCAUCUCUAACCAUGUAGCAUCAGUAACACUUUUGCAUGAAGUUCAAUAAAUUCUACAUCAGGUUUUUUUUUCAAUAGUUUCAUCAACUAAGCUUGCUAUUAAACUUCUCAAGAGCUUGGAAAGCCAUGUUAAAUAAUCUAAUCAGGAUUUCUCUAUAACAAUGAGCCACGUCUUGGGAAGAAUAUCAGUAAACUUUGUACUGUCAUUUUAAUGUUAGAUUUAUUUCUUGAGAAUGUGUACACUCGGUUCUAUAAAGUUGCAAUGUAAUGUUUUGUCUUCAAGCAUUGAGGUGUACAUUCUUAUUUAUUUAAGCAUCAAUGUAUAUCUAAAGAUGCUGCUCUUGAUUAGUUUGUGAAUGUUUUUUUCACAGUGUAUUAAAAAAGGAAUGGAUUAUGGCCAAAUAUCAGAGGUUGGAGUUUACGGACACAGACAGGCAAGAUGCUUACAAUGUGUCUCAGAAGUCAGGGCUGCUUUGGAAACUUGGCAGGGAUAGAAAGCAGUUUGCCCAAAGGAGAUUUGUGCUGUCUAGGACAGAGAACAAAUUAUAUUACUAUGUCAAUGAAGAAAAUGGAAAGGUGAUUUUAUUAAAUAUUUCCAAUUAUUUUAAUUCCAAUACUGGGACACUAGGCUCCACCGUCUUCUUGAUCCAAGAUAGGGCAGCCACAGACUUCAUUUCUCUUCUUAUGUACAGUUAUAUGGUUUUGUAAAUUUAGUCUGAUAUGGCUCGUUGGAUGAACAAUAUGUAACAAAAGAGUGAAAACCAGUUUACAAAGAAAAAUGAUACCAAAGCUAAUGAAAUUAACAAUAUUCAAUUUAAUUAUACUGUUUUUAUAUAAAAAUAAAAAAUCAAAUAUACAGGAAAAAAAACUUUAUUAACCUACAACAAGUGGAAAAAGUAUAAUUCUUGAAAAGUACUAAACUUAAUAUGUUGUUGUUCAUCAGUCGGGAGUCGACCAUGACCACUUUAAUCAUCAGAGUUUGUGCUGGUUCUGUCUGUGGGUGAGCAGAUGGCUAAUGAGGCCGAUUCUGGCACGAAAUUCUCUUGUGCAAUAGGUGCAGGGGAAUGAUGGCACAUCCCCGGGAGCAGAGUCAGACAGGGCCUUCCUGGCAUGUCUCUUGCGCUCUGCAGCCGCUGUUCUGCCAACUUCAUGUUGCAUGGAGCUCCUGUGCAAAGUGGAACGCCAUGAAGUUUGAUCCUUUGCCUGUUCCUCCCACAUGUCUGGGUUUAUGUUGAACGCUUUCAGUGAGGCUUUUAUGUUGUCUUUAAAGUGGUUUUUUCUGUCCGCCAGCAGACAGACCGCUUUCCUUGUUCAAGCUCACCAUAGAAAUUCUUUUGGGAAGACGGUCAUCUGACAUUCUCACAACAUGUCAGAUCAUCAAGAUUGUGAAGAUGCUGGGGAGACCUGCCUGUGUUAGCACCUCAGUGACUGGGACCCUGUCCUGCUAUUUAAUAUAGAGGAUUUUUCUGAGUCUUGUUGUAUGAAAGUGGUUCAGCAUUCUUGCAUGGCGUUGGUAGACCGUCCACGUUUCACAGGCAUAGAGAAGCGUAGGGAGAACAGCCGCCUGAUAUACCUUCAGUUUUGUUUCAGUGUUGAUACCUCUCCUGGUCCAUAUGUUCUUAGUCGAUCUUCCAUAGGUUGCACUGGCCCUUGCAAUACGGAGGUUAACCUCAUCAUCGAUGGUUGUUCUUUGGUACAGUGUGCUGCCGAGAUAGGAAAAGCCUUUCACCACCUUAAGUCUUUUGCCAUAUACUUGGAUGUUUGGCUCAACAUAAGGGCUUCGAGGAGCUUAAUAUACACCCACACACAAAGAGUAAAAUCUUGUAAGGCUCCUAUAAGUUUAUUAAGUUCCAUCCCUGUCUUGGAAAUCUAGCAAAUCUCUUCUGGCUUGGAAUGCUGCUGACUUAUUUGCUAUGAGAGAAUUGGCAUCAACCCGAAAAGAAAUUCUUGAAAUUGCAUCACCCCAUCACAUUCUUUACCUUUCAAUCACAAAAAAUGCGAACAUAAAACAACCUUUACCCAAUCAAGGAAGCAUUGGCUAGUAGCAGAGCGCUACACAUUUUUUCGAAAAUGUCAAUGUCAAAACAAAAAGGGGGAGGGAGGUAAGAUUGCAUGUCACUGCUUGUGGUGAACAGACUUUAACACUCUGAAGUUAUACAACAGCUUUGUAAACAUUUGAUCAUAUAUUGAAGCUUUGGGAUGACGUCACUAAAUCAAAAAAGGGAACUGCUAGUGUAGGUUCAUUUGUAAACAAGUUGUGAGAUUAUUGAGAUCAAUUAUUUAGUUUUACCGUACAUAAAAUCUCAAAUAAACAUAUUCAAUAUUUUUUCUUCAGUAUUUUUGCUGACAAAUGCAUUAAAUAGCUACUGGUACACAGUAACAUUUCAAGGAAACACAAUAUCACCCUGAUCAAAUUUUAUAAUGUGGAAAUCUCUUGUGGAAAAAAUAAACAACAUGCUGCCAUUCUCAAACAUUAUUAUUUUCAUGUUGUGAGGCAAUGUGCUCCAUCUCCUUGUUCAUUUAUCUAUUGUAGUCUAGCCAAACUUAGUUUAUGUUAUAUGUUUAACUGCUGGGGAAGGUUUGGGGAAGGUUUUUACCCCGAUGUCCCUUAAUUUAAAUGAUAAGAUCAGAUAGAUUUUUUUUUCUGUUUACCAGUACAUCAAUUGUGUUAGAUCUGUCAGAGUAGUGCGCCUGCUAUAAUUUAUUUACUAUCUAAUGUCAUAAUCAUGGACAGUGAAUACUUUCUUAGGGUAAUAUUGUGUUGGAUAACGCUAUAUAAAAAAAGUAUGGAUUAUUUGUUGGCUUUUGUUAACAGAAGAAAAAUGUUAUUUUCUAUUUUCAGCAAAAGCAACCAAAAGCUGAAGCAGAUCUUGACUUUUUGAAUGCGGUCUUUGUUCCUGAAAAAAUUGGAAAUCCUUUUGGUCUUCAGAUAACUUACUUUAAAAAUGGAUCCACCAGAAAUUUGUUUGUUUACUCUGAAAACUCUAAGGUACGUGGGUUCUUAACGUCAGCUUGACCACAUCUCCAUGAUCUAUUUUCAAUUUCCUUGUACUUAUUAAAUACUGGCUUAGCCCUCCAAGCAAUGUCGUCUGCUAUGAGUGAACUUCCCAUCUACUGAAGUUACUUGAAAAAACAUGCAUUCAAGUUACACACUUUAUAAGUUUCCCAAUUAGUGUUAACACCACCCCGCCACCCCCAUACGCCACCGUCCCUGAACUAUAUUAAUAUUCUAAUGUCCCGCCCAUUUUUACAAGGCAGGUUUAUUACACCAACUGUUUCCCUAAAGCAAAAGAAUAUAUUAAGUACCAAACCCACUAAGAAUCUCAUUGAGCGCAGUUAACAGGAAUGUUAUUUAGUGAAAUGGGUGUGAUCUGGUAGAGUAAGUGAAUAUGUUACAUAGAGAAUUAUUUACCAGUAUUUUUAUUAAAUGGAGGUCCAAUAUCGCCUGCAUUUAUUUUUUUAUCUCCAAAAGUCAUACUCUAAUUGAUAUUUUGCAUGUGUAUCAUGUAGCUUUACUGGCAAACUUUUUUAUUUGAUUUAAAUGUUCAGAUUUGAAAAAACUUGAAUACUGUCCAAAAUAUUUAAAAUGCCAAGUUUAACUUGAGAAAUUGAUAAAAACUUCACCAAGCUGAGAAUUAUAAUAAUUCUGUUUACUUUUGUUUUGUCUCCCAAUAAAAAAAGUAUAAUGUAUUAAUGUUAAAAAGUAUUUUGAAAGUUAGCUCAUCUAAUAGUUAUGCCUUUAAGUAAGUAAGAUUGGAAUUGAUGUAAAAAUGAUGUGUCCAUGUUUGCAGGAGAUUGUAGACUGGUUCAUGUGUAUCAGGGCAGCCAAGUGGGAGAGGAGAAGAAUUGCCUUUCCCGACAGAGAUCUGACACAGGUAAUACCAUCACGUCAGCUAUUGGUUAUUAAUAAGGGUGUUGCUAAACUUUCUUUGUCUGUGUGUGUUUGGGAAGAAUCAAUCUUGAUAUGAUUUUUUUUUCUUCUCUUAGCUUGCUGAGGAUUUAACUAAAGAUUUUCUCAUGGAAGGCUGGUUGAGUAAAAUGGGACCAAAGAAUGAACCCUUCAGACGCAGGUGGUUCACUUUGGAUCGCAGAAAGCUUAUGUAUUUUGAAGAACCUUUGGUGAGAAUAACCUUUUGUUUUUUCUCAUAUAUAGUCAUAAACGGUUUGUUUACUUUUAUUAUUUUAUUUUAAACGUUUUUUUUUUAAGACGUGUACUAUUUUAUUUUUGUGUGUGAUAAAUAUGUGUAUUAAUAUUUUCAAGGGGUUGGCUGACGCCACUGAGUUUCAAUAACAUGGGAGGUACUGAAUAUUUUAAUAGUGAAAUGCCAUUGUUGGUCUUCAACAAUGAAUUAAAAUAACAAAGAGCAAGAUCAAAUGUCUUUAUUUCAGAAUGCUUUUGCCAAAGGGGAAGUAUUCAUUGGCCACAAAGACGGAGGUUACAGUGUGAGCACGGGAAGUGAAGAAGGUGAUCGGGGUUCUAAUAGCCAGAACACCAGUAGCUAUUGCUUUACUCUCAACACACCCGACAGGAAGUUUGUUCUGCGGGCAGAGACUCAAGAUGACAUGCACAAGUGGGUAAUGGCAAUGCAGAAGGUUGUGGAGAUGCCCCUGACAACCCAGGACAGUAAAUGUGAGUGCUGUGUAUGAUCUAGAUGUGUGCUUUGUACGAUCUGCUUUUGUUAUAGAGAAUCCAAUGAAGCCAACUCAAUUCAUCUUGGUAUUCAUUGGUGCACUUGACACCCAGAGACACUGUCUUGACUGUCUUCAUUUUACUUUGAACUUCCAUACUCCAAUCUUCAAACUCUUAGCCUGUCUUCUGACUGUCUACUUCGCUCUCUCCUUCACUCUAACUAACCUCGGCAUGUCUGUGCUCAACCAUCUAAUUAAUCGCUAAUUGACUACCCGAAUCUGUAGAGACCUAAAUGGAUUUUGUAUAGCCAUAUAUAAUUAUCUUGUACAGCAGGAGUCUGCAAACUUUUUUUUUAGCCAUUACCCCAAAAUAUAUUUGUUUAUGUUGAUGUUUAACACCACCCCACCCCCUUGAUUUGUAAGGAAGACAUCCACAGACUAUUUAAAUUCAAAAUUGCUUAUUGAAUCUGUUUAAACGGAGACUACAAUGAUAAAGGUACAAAAUACAUUUGAUAAAAUAAUUAAAUAAAAACCUAAUCAUGGAACAAAAGGAUUUCUUUGAAAAAAAUGUUCACUUCAAAAUUUUUAGAAAUGAUGUUUCAAAGAAAUUUAAAUACGGUCUUUGGGGUUAAAUAAUUGAUUUCUUGUUAUGUAUUUAUGUUCAUUAGAGUGAGGUACCCUUGUUCGCAAAAUUAAGUUAUUGCAUAAGGCAGAAACUUUUUGAGUGCCUCCUAGUGAAAAAUUUUGAAAACCUCGACGUUUUGAGCAUAAGCAGUAGCGUUUUGCAGGGGUAUCAAUAGCACCUGGGACACCCUCACAGGGGGAUGACAUCGAAUGAAAUACAGUAAAUGUGACAGAGCUCAAUCAAGUUGGUUUCAUCACACAUCUAAAAUACAAGAGCAGGGGCCACCAAAGUAGGUUGCAAUAAGAGGAGGGUGCUACUAGAGUAGGUUGCCGUAAGAGUAGGUUGCCAUAAAAGGAUGGUGCCACCAGAGUAGGUUGCCAUAAGAGCAGGGUGCCACCAGAGUAGGUUGCCAUAAGAGCAGGGUUUCACCAGAGUAGGUUACCAUAAGAGCAGGGUGCCACCUAAGGCCAACUCAGAGGAAGUCCGUGGUAAGAUUUCCAUUUUUAACCCAUUUGUGAUAAUUGACCCCAGUUGGCCGAGCACUGUUUCACAGACAAGUAAGCAUAUUAUUCCCAUGGAAGGAGUCAAGCAAAUAAAGUCUUGAGGUUGAUAAAUUCUUGCCUAUCUACAUCAUCCAUUUUCUAUCUUCAGAAAGAAAGCAUUUCAAUGUUGAAAUUUCUAUUUUCAGUGGCUGGUUUACUAGUGCCCAAGAAAUCCUCCAAUUCUUUCCGUCUCAUCAAGCGGUAGAUGUUUCCUGACUGAGGGCAGUCCGAAUAUUUGCUCAGGACAAAUCUAGUGAUGUUCCAGCUAAAGGAUUUGUUUUAUACUUCCUAGCACUGUGGAGCAGCAGAGGGGCAUUUUGUAGGACAAAAAUUGGGUCAGUUUUUCACCUAUAGGUGAACAGUGGGAGCUUGGUUGUUGACCGAAUUCUAGUCUUGAACUUUUGACAGAGGUCAAAGAAAUAUUAUCACAGGAUAAAAUUGAAUUUAUAUUAUCUAAAUAUUUCAGAGCAUACUAAUGUGCUCUUCCCUAGUGUAAAAAUCUCCCUUAAAUUGAUAAGGAGGAACAUGAAAUGUAUGUGAUUAUUUCAUGACUGUAUCAAAUUUAUUAAUUUUUUGGGGGGACAAAGAGUUACUGGUAACCUAAAUAUAAGUGAACAUUCAUUCUCUGUACAAACACUCAUCAUUUUGCCAGCCAGAGAUAUUUGUUGACCAGCCAAUAUCAUCUAUUAGGUUGUCACUGAGAUUAGUCUGUUUUCCACUUCUUUUUAAACUUUUUUUGUUUGUUUGUGUACAUAAGAAGAGGCUGGAAUCUGAUAUUGCAUUCAUCAUUACCUUGUUCAUAAUAUAUUUAGAGUUGUCUUGUUUCUGUGUAAAACUGAGUCGUUUCCGAUUAUAAAACAAAAAAAAUUACCUUUUUAUUCAAAGUUUUUAUAAAACCAAUAUUUAUGUUGAUGUUCAAAAUAUUUGCUUAUAUUUUCUUGACCAACAUUCCUGAAACAAGUGAAUACACCAAGGAAAAAGUCUUUUAAUCUAACAUCAAACUUCAUUUGACUGUACCCAUGUCUCGUUUGUUUGUAAUAACUUAUUCAUAAUGACAAACAGAACUCCUUCAACUUGUUAUUCGGUCGCAUGGAUACUUGCCACACAUAUUGACUGAUUUCUGAGGUCAAAUAGAUUAUAAAUAUAUUUAUAAUGAGGUCAAAGUUUUGACGAUCACAACGUGUAAAAUAUUUCUGUAUUGUUGGGUCUGUUGACCUGAAAGUUUAAUGAAUAAAUGAAACCGUCUUCAUGUCUUACUUAAAUCCAUUUAUACACGUUAGUUUUAGCCUUGACCUCUCCGUGAUAAAUAAACUGUCAAAAGGUAGAAUGUUAACAACAUAAGCUUGUUUCUGUUGACGUGACUGCUCUGUACUUGUCUUUUAAUUGUUGCCACUGUAGGUCUUGAAAAUGUGCAACAUCAGACAUGUGAGGAGCUUGCUUUUAAUCUUGCAACUUAUGUAUGCUAAUAAAUAUAAGAAUGUUAUAGCCCAAAAGAACGGUGCAUUUUCUUAAAAGCCUGUUUUGUUGCUAUCAAUGUAUACAUUAUGUCGGGCCAGUCCAUUGAUGAUCUAAUAUUAUUUGUAAUUUGUUCAAUUAUGUACACUAUUAUUUGUUAAUUCAUGUACACUAUUUUUAUUUGAUAUGUGGCAAAGAUAUUUUUUUCUGUACUUUCUCUUUCAUGUUUGGUGAAGCAAUAUGUGUACUGUACUGCAGCCAAUUGAUAUAGCUAUAUGAUAGUGUACUAUACUGCAGCCAAUUGAUAAAGCUAUAUGAUAGUAUACUAUACUGUAGCCAAUUGAUAUAGCUAUAUGAUAGUGUACUAUACUGCAGCCAAUUGAUAAAGCUAUAUGAUAGUAUACUAUACUGUAGUCAAUUGAUAUAGCUAUAUGAUAGUGUACUAUACUGCAGCCAAUUGAUACAGCUAUAUGAUAGUGUACUGUACUGCAGCCAAUUGAUAUUGCUAUAUGACUAUAUGAUAUUUGGUUAAGAGUGAAUGGUGGGACCAAUAACUACAUCAAAUUAUUGCUGUUACAGAGAAAUUCUAACUUCGAGAGAUGGGUUGCCAUUUCAGCCGGCGUGUAGAUUUCAAAAUAGAAAAUAAAUCUUUUACUUUUAGCCUUAAGAAAUAAUUUGGGGAACAAUUUUCUAUACCAGUACAUCUCAAUUUUAUUACGGUUAUUUAUUUUGAAAGCUAGAACAGUCUUUAAAUUACAGCUUUUUAAUUUUGCUAUUUUUUCAGUUUUUUAAUGAAUAUCAAUAAUAUCAUUGCCAUAACUAUUUAAGUGAAAUUUUAACUGUGGAUUGUAACAAGUUUUCAUAAAUUAUGUUGUGUGCAGAUUUGCAUUACCAUAAGAAAUCUUAGAGCUGUAUUCAUUUGAAAAGAAUCCAUUUAUUGGGUUGUAAAUAUUAUUAAUUAUGCUGUAUAGUUGCUAUAGUAAGAGUUGUUAAAUGGGUUAAUGACCAAAUGGGUUAAUGACCAAUGCUUGUUAAAGUCUGUGAUGUCACUGUGAAUGAUAAACAAGUUGAUUCUAUUUAAUUAUUGGAACCUGCAGUGCAUUUGUUUUAUAGCAGACCUGCGGUUAAUGUUGUAUGUUAAUUGGGAUCAUUGUCUCCAUUAUCUCACCACACAGUAAAAUGCUCUUGACUCAUAUUUUAGGCUAGGAGAAAUGUCCAAAUUUGUAUUUUGAUUUUGAGGAUUUUAGAAAAAAAAUCCAAAUAAGUUUUCAUUGGGUAUUUUUCCUUAUUUUUUUUCCCCUUAAACUUUUGUGUUCUUAAAGGAAAUACAAUAAGAUCUUUUUUGAUAAUAUUUAAAGCAUCAAGUGUUCAUCGCCAGGCUUUAUAUUAAAACAUUCUCAGCUAUCGGUUCAUUCUGUCAUAUGACAAUUACUCUUAUGUCACAUGAUCUUCAACGUCAUUCUCUCACAUGACCAACAAGUUUUAAAAAAAUAUUUAUCUUCUAUUAGCUAUGAACCUUUGGUUUUUGUGAAAUAUAGAAAACAAGCCAGAAGCAAAAUAUGGGUAGAAAAUUUACUGACAAUAUGUGGGAUUAUAUGAAAUUUAUUUGAGGUUUAAUCUGUCUAAUGUAGACCAGUAUGGUUAGCAAGUGAUGAGUGAAGUAAGGAAUUGAGCUAAAUGGUGAAACAUGAGAUAGAUAAAUGUUCCAUUUCUGCUCUAGUCCCUUAACGCAUUGUUCUAUAUAUCAUUCUGCAUUAGGUGUUAUUUAUAGUUCUGUGUAUAGAUCUAUAUAUAUUCUCAAAAUAGCUCUAUGUAUAGCUCUAUAUUAGGUUCUAUGUAUGGUCUUUAAAGUCAUAUAUGCCAGAAAAGACAUAAUAGAAAAAAUGAUUUCUUGUGGCCCAGGAUGUGAUUGUUGUAAUAUAUGUCUUAUAUUACCGAUGCAAUUAAGCAUUCAACCCAAUUGGUACCCGGUAUAUGAGUAAUUUUGGUAGUAAUUUUGCAACCUUAUUAUGUAUUGAUAAAAGUCACCGCCAACCAUUACCCAGCCCUUGCACCCAACUGGGAUAUAUUUUGGCUUUAACCCAUUUUUAGACUUCUUUUGUAGUAAGACUUGAAGAUGGAUAGCUUGCUUUUAAGAGCUUUUAAAAAGUUUUACUUUGCAAAUCUUCUGUGCCUUGCAAUACUAAGUCCCUCAGUGCUGCUUUCAACUUGUGGCUGUCUGCUUUUAGCUUUUACUUGCGUGUAUUCAAUUGUCAUGGUGGGCCCAGAAUUGAUGCAAGCAAGCAGUAUGCCAUUUGUUUUACCACAUAUGAGGUAGAAAAUGUGUUUCAUUGAGCGUCACCUGAAACUAGUCUCAAUAUAGCAGGAAAUGUGUGAUUUUUUUUUCUAGACCAUGUCCCAAUUGACAGCUUUACAGUAAACUGAUGUUGCUUAUUGAGACCCUGAGUGGUUUUAUGUAAGCAGUACUACAUGGUUUAGUCAAUCCCAUAUGCCUUGGUGAAUCUGUGACAGGUUUUACGUUUUUACACAAGUUUGUUUCUACCGAAAAUCUGCUGGAAUAGGGGUAUUAGGUGGGUGUGUGUGCGUGUGUCUGUCAAAUGCCAUAAAUGUAGGAUGUUUUUUCUUUCAACAUUUUCUUUCAAUUAUUUUCCAUAUAAACAUAACUAUAUUUAUGAUCACUGAGAGAUUCUUAUUAAAACAUUGUGUACAUAUAUUGUGAAAAUAUUGCUAAGAAAAUAGAAUUAACAACUCAUCUGGACUGAAGUAGUGGGGCUAAUUUUUAAGGUUAUCAAACUGACUUGUUGGGCAAUAAUUUGUAACUUAUGGCACUCUAAAGAAAAUAAUAAUUAAAAUUCCGCGACACCAUGAGAUAUUUAAAACAAAUAUCUUCAGUUUCAUUGAGGAACAGAACCCAAUCAAAUUAUUAUGGAUUACCCGGUACAUGAUGAUAGGUGACUUAUCAGUAAAAUGUUGUAAACAUAAUUUUACAUUGAUUUUUAUUGCUUUUUAUCAAAAUCUUAAUACAAAGUUUUAACUUUUCUGGUGUGUUUGAAAAGCACUGUGUUGGACUAAGUAAUCUGACAACUACAUUGUUAAGAGAAAAGUAAUGAAAGUAAAAAAUUAAUGAAUAAAUUGCCUAACAUUUUUUAUUUCUUAUCAUACCUGUACUACUGAAUUUUUCUUCCAAAUUUGGUGGCAUUUCUAAAACUUGCAAUUUGUGCACUCACACUCCUAUUCAACGUAUGCACAUACAAGUUUCAUGACAUAACUAAAAAUGUUAUUGCUCGCAACUCUUCAGAAAUGAUUUGCUUAUGCAUAUUUACGGUUGUGGACCAAUAUCUAUGGAUUAGGGUUGUAUUUAUUCUUAAGUCUAAAAUAUUCUGCAAUACUUCCCUGGUCGCAGUGUGAAAGUAAACUUUAAAAUAGUCAAGUAAACAGUACUUGGUAUUUGUUUAAUUCGUACAAGUUACAUUUAAUGUGACUACAAUUUUACUUUUUGUUGAGAUUAUCACUCGGUCUCGUGUGGAGUUUUUUUUGUGUGCAAUACAACUUGUCCUAAGGUGGGGCAUCAUUUUCUUCCAUUGUUUUCACCCCUCAUCUAAACUGAAAAGUAGUAAAUAAGAUCUAUAAGUUUUUAAAGUUUAACUGCGAAUUUUAAUGUGUGACUGGUUCAAUGAUCUUUUACAAAGAAUGUGUCGCAGUUUAACUCAAACAAGCCUUCAAAAUCUCUUGUCAAGUUGGGUUGUAGGUUGUCCAGAUUUAUGAUUAACCGCAAGAUUGAUUGGAAAUUCUCUGCCUGUGCAAUUAAAAACUGGUUGGAAUUUGUCUUGUGUUUGUUAUAAUUUGGUGAAAUUUAAGAUGUUCCCUUUAUUUUAUUUAAUACAUUCUUCAUAUUAAGGAAAUGAUUUUCCUUGUUGCUUCAGUUGUCUCACUCGUCCGUCAAGUAAAAAUCAAUUUUUGUUUCAAACUAAAUAUUUUAUCUCCAAAGUCAUACAGUUCUUGAUAGAUCACAAGCUAAAACGUUCGCUUGCAAGAAUGGCAACUCAUCCGUAAAUAAUAUCUUAGCUGGAUCUUAGAUUUAAGGAACAGAACACAUCAUGAUUGAGCCGACUUGAUCCCAGCUGUGCAGCUCCUGUAGAUUUUACUGUACAGUUUUGCUGAUGAAUACAUAGCUUGUAUGCGUUUAAUUAUUUGGAUCUGUA